AUGUCUGCAGAGUCCCUGGCAGAAAAGCUGACGACCAAUGAGAUCGACAAGCUGCUCUCCAAGCUCUCCACCUCGCCAACGACCACCUCGCCAUUGCUGGACGAUCCGACAGUGACUGCGCCUCCAGGCGCCACCACCGCUGCCAUCAUUGCCUCUUCCGCGCAACGGCAAAGCACCUCGCCGUUUGGCUCAAACUACUCCAUGUCACAGCCGCUGAGUGCUUCCGACGUCAUAUCUCCAGCCGCAGACGAUGUACACCCCAUGGCCCAAGGCGGGGCCUCGGGCACCUCCAACCAGGCUGUGUCGUCACUGGGCGGCGCGACGCCGUCGCAGGCAGGGAAGAGUUCUGGCGCCAAGGGCAAGAGCAAGGACAGGAAGAAAGGGAGGAAGAAGAAGAAGAGGAGGAAGAAGAAGAAGAAGCACCGGAAGAAGCUCAAGAAGCAGAGCAAGCACAAGGGCAACGGCACACCAAGCGAUGAGGCCGCCACGAGCUCGUCGGCGCCAUCGUCAUCAACCUCAUCUUCGUCUUCGUCUUCGUCGUCGUCAUCUACCUCCGAGUCGUUAUCUUCGUCGCCGUCCUCAUCCUCGUCCUCGUCCUCGUCCUCGUCCUCGUCGUCUGCAUCGGUCUCGUCUACUGCAUGCGACAAGCCGUCGCUGGCGGAAAAGGCGGCGGCAGCGGUGGCGGGUGGAGACAGCGCCGCCAUUGUGGCCAGGAAGCGGCGGACACCGACUGGCUUUGAGGGCCUCGUUAGUGGCUCGUCGUCUGAGGUAAGCGGAUCGGGCGGUGGAAUGGAGACCUUCCCUACCUUUGAGUCAACUAUGGGCCCCGGUGCAGCCGAGCCUGCCGGCGGCGACACCAACAUCGAGCGUGCCACGCAGUUCCUCUCGCUCCUGCAGGGCGCGCAGUCGUCCGACUCGGCAUCAGUCUCGGGCGACGACGCGGACUUUAUGCGCGACAUCCUCGGCUCGUCGCAGAACCUCGAUGAGAUCAUCAGAGGCGGACUUAGUGGCGACGAUGAACCUGCUCCUCUGUCGUCGGGCGCACCUGAUGCUGCUGAAUCGGAUGCAUCUGGGUCAAAGUUGCCGUCGGCCAUGUCCAAGGCUCCUGGCAGCAGCAGCAAGAAAACGGUGGCGUUCGAUUCGUCAGCCAAGACAACAGACAGACCUCCAGCCUCAAGGUCGUCUUCAUCGGGGCAUGUUCCCAAGGUCGACGCGUCGCUCCACGUGUCAAAGGUGGCGUUCUCUCAUUCGGAUCCUAUGCCGGCACCACCUGUCAACGGCGAGGCCGCCGGGCCUGGCUCGGACCUCGUCGAUUUGGGCUCUGCCUCGAUCUCGCUUCCAGUCAUGGCCGCCGACAACGACUCGGUGCGGGGUGGGCCACAGUCGAGCAAGACCAAGAAGAAGAAGAAGAAGAAGAAGAAGAAGAAGAAGAAGAAGAAGAAGCACAAGUCACGUCGCAAGCACAAGAAGGCGAAGAAGAGCAAGUCUACUCGACUGCCCAGCAGCGACGCUAUUCGGCAGUCCCAGUCGUGGUCUGCUGUGCCCAGCGUCGGCGGCACGGUUGCCACAGACGGAGCCAACUCGAGCUCCUCGACGGCAAGCGCGCGGACCAGCAGCGACUCUGCAACCGACGCGGCGGUAGCAGAGGCGCUUGCCAACGCGUCGGUCAACGCACAGCUUCGCGCCGAGCCUGACUCGCUCGGCAUGUCGUGGUUUGAUUUGCUGGAUCCGCUGCGGGCAAAGGCGCAGUCGCUGGCGGGCAACUGGCGCGAGCUCAUUUCGGCCAUGCUCUACCGGCGGAUCAAGGACCUUACCCGUGAGAUUCUCCAGCUGCACGAUGUGGUCACCGCGUCGCUCGGCACCAUGGCAGACGACAUUGCACUCGAUGUUGAGGUGCAGGAUCAGAAGCUACGGAUUGGCGCUGACCGACUGCUGCCUGCGGUGUCGGCGGCCAUGUCCGGUGGCGAUGAGACCCAUCUGGACCGCAUUUUGAGCAUCCUCGUCUCGUCACUCUCGAACAUGCUCUCGCUCCUCACCGGCGCCGACGAUCAGGCCGAGGAGAGUUUGCCCAAGUCGCCAGUCCCAGUCGGGUCUAGCACGAUGCCGCCGAUGUCGCCGCAUGUCUCGUUUGUCGAUGAGGUGCCAACGAGCGGCUCGGGUCUACAGCGCGCGGCAAGCUCGCGCGAGGCUGACAUGGGCGUGCCAGAGAUGGACUUGCCGCGGCUGAGCAAGACGCCGCCACCAGUCACGCUCCCUGCGCUUGUGACCACGGCAACCGUGACCAAGGCGGCACCCGAGUCCCCGCUGUUGCUUGUCGAGCCGCGCGAGCUGGACCUCCCGCCGAUUCCGUCGCCCACCACAUACAAUGUCUCGGUCUCCGAGUCAGACGACGAGCUGCCAGACCUGGCCGCGCCCGUACAGGUGACGCCUGAAAGCCUGUAUGCUAGUUCGACCACCAGCGCCGUGUCAGGGUUUCGGCCGGUGGCGGCCACCGAAGCCUCUGCCCCCGACGGGUUUGUGCCGAGCGAGUCUUUGACAGCAGCAUCGACGCAGUCGUUGCACCCGUAUCGGGCCGCACCGCAGUUUUCCGGCACCAUAACCUCGGAUGGCCUCGCGGCUUCAGAUCCACACGCGCUCUCGUCCGACGACGGCGAGCUCCCACCUCUUGCGGCAGCUGAGCCCGCUCCGUUUGGGCUCACCUCGGAUAGAGGUGUACCUGCCGAUCCGUAUGGACUCUCGACUGACGACGGGGGGACCGCUGCGCCAGCGGUGGCGGACCCAUACGGGCUGUCGUCCGACGGUGGGGCGGCGGCACCUGACCCGUACGGGUUGUCGUCUGACGAUGGUGGUGUUGCUGCGCCGGCGGCUGCAGAUCCAUACGGGCUCUCGUCCGACGGGGGAGCUCUUGCUCCGGCGGACCCGUAUGGACUAUCGUCUGAUGAUGGAGUAGCACCCGGGCCUCGCGCGGCGGAUCCAUAUGGGCUGUCGUCUGAUGAUGGCGGAGCACCCGGGCCUCGUGCGGCGGAUCCAUAUGGGCUGUCGUCUGAUGAUGGCGGAGCACCCGGGCCUCGCGCGGCAGAUCCAUAUGGGCUGUCGUCUGAUGAUGGCGGAGCACCCGGGCCUCGUGCGGCGGAUCCAUAUGGGCUGUCGUCUGAUGAUGGCGGAGCACCCGGGCCUCGCGCGGCGGAUCCAUAUGGGCUGUCGUCUGAUGAUGGCGGAGCACCCGGGCCUCGUGCGGCGGAUCCAUAUGGGCUGUCGUCUGAUGAUGGCGGAGCACCCGGGCCUCGCGCGGCGGAUCCAUAUGGGUUGUCGUCUGAUGAUGGCGGGGCACCCGCACCUCGCGCGGCAGACCCGUAUGGCCUCUCCUCGGACAACGGCCCACCGGCCGCUGCUGCGGCAGACCCGUAUGGCCUCUCCUCGGACGACGGCCCACCGGCCGCUGCUGCGGCAGACCCGUAUGGCCUCUCCUCGGACGACGGCCCACCGGCCGCUGCUGCGGCAGACCCGUAUGGCCUCUCCUCGGACAACGGCCCACCGGCCGCUGCUGCGGCAGACCCGUAUGGCCUCUCCUCGGACGACGGCCCACCGGCACCCACACGCCAGCGCUCCGUUGCUUUCGAUGUGUCGGACGACGACUCCGACCACGACCUCUCGGCAUCUGCCGGCCCUCUGCAGCAGCAGCUGCUGGCUGACUAUGCUAGCAACCCCGAGUCGCCAGCUGCCAGCUCGCCCAUCCAUCUCAAGGCGGUAAGCACACCCGAAGAGGUAAUGCGGCCAGAGCAGCGAGAGUUUCUCGAGAGGAACCGCAAGCUGCUUGCGACACGCGAGGCGAAGCGGGAGGCCGAGCGCAAGAAGCGUGAGAACGCGCUCGAGAAAGAGUCCAAGACCUGGUUCAAGCCGGCCAUCAACCCGAACCCCAAGACGACCGAGAUGGCCAAGAUGUUCGACUCGCUCGACGUUGUCUCGCGGUUCCGCCACUACGAGAAGGAGCGCGCCUACAACAAGGCUUUGCGCAAGGCCGAGGAGGCGCGCAACCACCAGCUCGACUGCCCGCAUCACCCGCAGAUCUCGAUGUACUCGGCGUCGCUCGUUCCCGAGGAGCCGUUCCACGAGCGGCUCUAUGCCGACGCCGAAAAGCGCGAGCUUCGCCGCAAGCAGCUCGACUAUGAGCUGCGGAUGAAGGCAGCCGCUGAAGCCGUGCCUAACACUCGGAUUUCGUCGGGCAUUUCGAGCUCGGCCAAGGCCCGCGCUGCGUCGCAGCAUGGCUCCGACUCGGGCGCCCACAUCGGCGAGCAUCUGUACAAGUUGGCCUUUGACCGCCAGUCGCGCCAGCUCGCCCGUGAGCAACGUGCUGAUCUGCAACGGUACAUGGAGGCGAAUGCGCGGAUUGUCAACGUCGACUCGGCCGCUGCCGUCUUUGCCAAGAACGACCGCGAGUGGAAGUUCCUCUGUGCGCGGCUGGCCGAGUUUGAUGCACCGUUCCUCACUCCGCCACGCCUGGUUGCCGCGCUCCGGCUCGUCGGAGUCCUCCGCCCGCCAAAGUCUGCCAGGCGCCGGACGUCGCCGUGGGACGUCGGCACCGACGACCAGAUCAUGGCCUCGCUCCACACCGACGAGCCGGGCUUCCCCGACGAGCCGGCGCUUGUCGACGAGAUCGUGGCGCUGCUGGACCCAGCUCAGACGGGAUCAAUCUCGUUUGUCCGCAUCUGUAACUUGCUCCACCUCGUCUUUGAUGGCACCCGGGUUCCGCCGGGCAGCGACGACGCCGAACCUGAGCUCGAUGACUCGCUCCCGCCAAACUCGAUGUCGUACUCGCGGCUGGCAGCAUCGUCGGUCCUCUCGCCCGACCCACUGGACAAGCUCCGCGCCGGAACGUCGAUGGUCGGAAGAAGCGGCGGGUCGAGCCCCGGGCCCGUGGACCUCGGCGGCAUUGCCGCCACGCUCCGCAGCUACAUCCAGAGCCACCGCGGAACGGUGACGCCGCUGACCGGGUACAUGACCCACCGGCGCAAGGCCAAGAUCCGAGCUGAGGUUGACAAGCAGCUCAAGUUCCAGCCUGAGCUCUGCAAGCACUCGGUGGCUAUGGACAAAGAGCGCGGCUCGGUGGCUUCGCGGCAUGAGCGGCUGUACGACGCAUCGCGGGCGGCACAGAUCAAGGCCGCCGAGCGGGCGGCGGCGAAUGUACCGAAGCGCGAGGGUGGCGGCAAGCUGUUUCAGCCGCAAAUCAAUGCGCGCUCGCUGCGGCUGGCCACCCGCCGCCGCGCGUCUGUCGGUGGCGGGAGCCAGCCUGUCCACGAUCGACUGUACCACAGUCUGACGUCGGCGACGGUGGCGCGACUGCGGGCCGACGAGGUUGCAGCUGCCGCCGAGGCUGCUGCCGCCGACGCGCCGGUUCUUGACAUGAAUGGCGAGGAGGCAACGUGGCGGCCGGACCUGUCGAUUUCACGGAAGCGGCCAAAGUCGCUGCGUUCUGCGUCACUGGCGGCGUCAACUCGGUCCUCGUACCAUGACACAUCGCGACUGACGCUAGACGAGCUGACUGCUGACGACCUCCCGCCUGGCUACGCCGAUGCAGUGAUCCGACUGCGGCGCGGCGCGUCACUGCGGGCGUCGCAGCGCGGGCAGGUUGACUCGCGGUGGGCCGACCCGACGCCGAUGGACACGUGCGCCGACCCGGGACUCAACGGCUCGCUGCCGCUUGCCCCCCCACCGGCGCCCGUCUCGCCAGCUCGCGCGGCCGAGCUCGACGCUGCUGCUGCGCGAGCGCGGCGGCGGGCGCGGCGCAAACGUGCACCGGUUCUCUUUGCACUUGACGCCUUUGUGGCGCCGGGCGUCUCGCAUCGGAUUACCGUUCAUGAGGGUGACCUGCCGGCAGAGGUUGCUGGAGACUUUGCGGCUGCGCACGGCCUGCCGCGGUCGGCGCAGGCCUCGCUUGUUGCUACCAUUGAGGAGCACAUGGUGGCGCUUGGCGUGGCGCUCCCACCGCGGCCACUCGAGUCGAUCUCGUCGCUCAACAUCUCGGCCGACUCGAUGUCCGAGUCGGCGAUGUCGCUGCCGUCGCCGCCGCCACCGUCGAAUCGACUGGUCGAACUCUACCUGACCGGCGAGGCUGAAGAGGGCCACACCCUCAACGUUGUCCGGGUCUUUGAGUCUGGCGAUGAUGUGCCGCUCGACUUUCGCUGGAUCCGGCUCCGUCCCGACGGCUCGCGCGACGUGCUUCCAGUUCCGGGCAGCAGCUACACGCUCACUGCCGCCGACGUCGGGUGCCACAUCUACUACGAGUGCCGCCCGGCAGCUGCAUGGGGCCUCCCGCCCGGCACCCUCUACCGGUCGGUGGAAAUGGAUGCUGUCCGCCCUGCGCCGCCAGCCCCACCGUCGCCUGCCAAGGAGCGUGCCGCUGCCGCCGCUGCUGCCGCUGCUGCCGCUGCUGCCGCUGCUGCCGCUGCAGAGGAGGCCAAGGCAGCCGAGCGUGCUAAGGCCCGGGCACGCGCCGCAGCCAUGGCCAAGGCCAAGGCCAAAGCCAAGGCCAAGGCCAAGGCCAAGGCCAAGGCCAAGGCCAAAGCCAAGGCCAAGGCCAAGGCGAGGACUGGCUCCAAGGAGCGUCCAGCCACCGAGACCCGCGGCGCGCCGUCGUCGCCAAGCGCGUCGGCGCCCACACGCGAGGCUCGGUCACCGCUGUACAACCUGCUGGUCUCACCCGAGGGUGUGCGGCAGUUCCUGCGGUUCUUGGCCGGCCAAGGCGCGGACGCGCUGCUCCGGUUCUAUCUCGAUGCCGGCUUUUACAAGCGGCUGACUACUGCAGCCGACUCUGAGCGCAAGGCACGGGCGAUGAUCUCCGAGUACCGCUCGCGUGUCGUACCCGAGGAGACUGCAGCUAAGCUUCUGGACAAGGUAGGCAGCAACUCGCCGCCACCACGCGAGCUCUUCAACGCAGAGCAAGGUCGAGUUUUCAGCGUCAUGGAGUCCGAGUGGUAUCCCAAGUUUGUGGCGCAGAUGUAGAGUCGAUAAAGCCGACAUGCCUCGAA